GUAGUUUCCUCCUUGCCAACGCUCAGAUUGUUGACUUUCCAAUUGUUUAUUGCAAUGAGAGCUUUUGUAAAAUAUCUGGAUACAAUCGGGCCGAGGUGAUGCAAAAAUCAUGUCGUUGUGGCUUCAUGUACGGCGAGCUGACUGAUAAGGAGACGAUAGCAAGGAUAGAAGAGUGCCUUGAGGGACAGAUACACGAUCAAUUCGAGAUACUACUCUACAAGAAGAACAAGACCCCACUAUGGCUCCUCCUGCAGAUAGCGCCGAUCAAGAACGAGAGAGAUCUCGUUGUCCUCUUUCUGCUGACGUUCAGGGAUAUUACUGCCUUGAAGCAGCCGAUAGAGACCGACGACAGCAAGGGUGGACUCUCCAAGUUUGCCAAACUUGCCAGGUCUGUUACCAGGUCCAGAUCAGUUCUUGUUUCCCAGUUCAGCUCACACCUGCCAGCCUUGAAAGACACAACGCUACCUACUGCGGCCAAACAGUCUCAUCUUGCACAUAUGAUGUCCCUGAGCGGUGAUGUGAUGCCUCAGUAUCGUCAGGAAGCACCAAAGACACCACCUCACAUACUCCUCCACUACUGUGCAUUCAAAGCAAUUUGGGACUGGAUUAUUCUCUGUUUAACAUUCUAUACCGCCAUAAUGGUACCAUACAAUGUGGCCUUCAAGAACAAAACCAGCGAAGACGUGUCACUGCUAGUUGUUGAUAGUAUCGUCGAUGUUAUAUUUUUCAUUGACAUCGUCCUAAACUUUCAUACGACCUUCGUGGGUGCUGGUGGUGAAGUUGUAUCCGAUCCAAAAGUCAUCAGAAUGAAUUAUCUGAAAUCGUGGUUCAUCAUAGAUCUCCUCAGCUGUUUACCCUACGACGUUUUUAAUGCCUUUGAUCACGACGAAGAUGGCAUUGGUAGUUUGUUUUCAGCACUGAAGGUUGUUAGAUUACUGCGACUGGGACGGGUCGUACGUAAACUAGAUCGCUACCUCGAAUAUGGUGCUGCUAUGCUUAUACUACUCCUGUGCUUCUACAUGCUGGUGGCCCACUGGCUUGCCUGUGUCUGGUACUCAAUAGGCAGGUCGGACGCUGAUGGUGGCGUUCAAUACUCGUGGCUGUGGAAGUUGGCAAAUGUAACUCAAUCGCCAUACAGCUACCUGUGGACCAACUCCAGUACUGUGCCUGAGCUCGUCGCUGGGCCGUCCAGGAGGACUAUGUAUGUCACGGCUUUGUAUUUCACUAUGACGUGUAUGACAUCAGUGGGAUUUGGUAAUGUCGCGGCUGAGACGGAUAAUGAGAAAAUCUUCACUAUUUGCAUGAUGAUAAUUGCUGCCUUGCUGUAUGCUACAAUAUUCGGUCACGUCACAACGAUAAUCCAGCAGAUGACGUCUGCGACGGCAAAAUACCACGACAUGCUAAAUAACGUUCGUGAAUUCAUGAAGCUUCAUGAAGUGCCAAAAGCCCUGAGUGAACGCGUCAUGGAUUACGUUGUGAGCACAUGGGCCAUGACAAAAGGCCUCGACACAGACAAAGUACUGAAUUAUUGUCCAAAAGACAUGAAAGCCGACAUUUGUGUGCAUCUUAAUCGUAAAGUUUUCAAUGAGCAUCCUGCUUUCAGACUGGCCUCGGAUGGUUGUCUACGAGCUCUGGCAAUGCACUUUACGAUGUCGCAUAGUGCGCCGGGAGACUUGCUGUACCACACAGGUGAGUCAAUCGACUCACUCUGCUUUAUCGUCACGGGUAGCCUUGAGGUCAUCCAGGACGACGAAGUAGUUGCAAUCCUCGGCAAAGGGGACGUAUUCGGUGACAGUUUUUGGAAAGAUUCGGCAGUAGGCCAGAGUGCAGCAAAUGUUCGUGCGUUAACAUACUGUGAUCUUCACACCAUCAAACGAGAUAGACUACUGGAAGUGCUCGACUUUUAUCAGGCUUUCGCUAACUCAUUUGCAAGAAACCUCGUUCUCACAUACAACUUGCGGCACAGGCUCAUAUUUCGAAAAGUUGCGGAUGUUCGCAGAGAGAAGGAACUGGCAGAGCGUCGAAAAAAUGAGCCACAGCUGGACCAAACCCAAGAUCAUCUCGUUCGGAAGAUAUUCUCGAGAUUCCGGAGAGAGAGACAUCCUACGGAUGUGGAGAAGGGCGAUGGUAAAGAUGGCAAGGAUGGAGAGGUUGCACACACUAGGAAACCAUCUUCUGGAGAUGUAGAGACGGUUAUUCGACCACGAGCCAGUAAAUGGGGUCGUCUGCUUGGUAGUUCGAGUCUAGAUUCUGGAAGUGAAACCGGUACCGGCACGGACACUUUCAAGCGGACUCUGAGUGCCCGAGACUCUCGCCCCUCCUCCUCCGUCAGCAUGAAUAAGGUCUUCCCGAAACUCUCCAAACUGAGCGGCACCAUCGAAGAAGUCCAGGACCCGGAACCACCUAAGGAACCACCAAGCACAACCCUAGCCAUCGAAUCUAAGCAGCUCUCGCUGCGCCGUCUGGAGUCCUACGACGGAGGCCUGAUUACCUCUCAGCCCGGCCAGGAUCGGGAGAUCCUCGCGGCAGUUCUAGAAGUCAAGGUGGACCUGAAACUAGAAGUUCAGCGGGUAAACCAAAGACUAGCAAAGCUGGAGGACAUGUUACAAAGUGUUAUCAGCAGACUGCCUCCCCUGCCCCCAAUUGGCACGCCCCCAGCUCGUCCGGGGAAUCUCCUCAUCUCGGGUAACAGUGGGAAUGACGCAGGAACUCAAACAUCUCCAGAUCAAAAGCCUGCAGCGAUCUCAAGUGACUCCAGAGAGCCAAACGAAAGAAUCCCAGCAAAAGAACUCCCGCAGCAUCAUCACCACAGGCACCAUCACCACCAUUCAGACCAAAAAACUGAGAAAGCCAAAGAGCCAGUGACUCCAGGAGUCGACUACUCCUCGAGAGACGUCUCCAAAGAACUCUUGGAACGUUUAACUCAAGCCUCAACUUCUAGAGAAGACUCCGCAGCCCUAGGUCCGCUGAUUCUUCGUAAACGACGAAGUAAAUCGCGAAAUAAAGGUGCUGCACCCUUGGCUCCACUUGCGCCUCUAGCUACUCAACCUGUUUCACCCACUGACGCCACAGAAACAACACAAAUGUUAGAGUGCGAGGAUCGUGACACUGCUGGCGACAGAAGUGAACGAACUGAAAGGGAAAGGAAGCGACCGCCCCCAAGGCCUCGAGAAUACUUGUGAAAAUUUCAAGAUAUUUAUGACAUUGUGCUUCGGACAUUUAUAGAAUUAAGGGAUCUUUUAGGAUUUAUCCAUUGUUGCAUCAUUACGUAUAUAAGAUUCAUUAUUUUAUUUGCGCUUUUAUUAUGAACAAAUCUAACUACAAGACUAAAAUUUGCAAGUGGCUGUGUUACGGUGGAGUUUAAGGGACUUUGUUAUUGAGAAUCUUAAGAAUUUUGAGACGAUAAAUGGAGAAUAUCUACGAUACGUUAUUAUAGAUAAAUUGAUCAAUUCUGUGGGGAAAUGGUGAGAAAAGAAGAGUGAGGGGUAGAUUACUUUGCAAUUAGCUUCAGAAUGGAGAGUUUCACAAAAUUCUAAAAUGGAGAACCGUUCUUUUGCAGAAAAUGUGGUAAAUUCGAAACCAAAAUUUGAAAUUUGCUUCAUGUGUCCUUUUAAGGAUGUUUAUUCAAAAUCGCAAGUACUAUAAGAAAAUUAAUUUUUUUUAACUGAGAGAUGAAGAUAUUCCCUUUACUUUGAUAUGAAUUUGAAUCCACCAACCCCUGUUCAUUAUUUAGAAAUGAAAUAGACAAAAUGUACCAAAUGCAUGCGCUAACAUGCGCUUAUAUCGGAUAGAAUCACUCAAAUAUUCCCUCUUUUUGCCCGGGUACCCCAGAUUUUGCUCUGGC